AUGAACGAUUUUAACUUGGUUGAUCAUGAGUGGCUGCAGUCACUUUACCAAAUCAGGGAUACUUGGAUACCAGCUUAUUAUCGUGAGGAGGUCAUGUCCGGGCUUAUGCGUACCUCUUCUCGUUCAGAGAGCGAGAACCAUUUCUUUGGACAGUUCUGUAACCCGGGUUGCACACUUGUCGAAUUUCUCGGGCAUUUUGAUUCUGCUAUUGAAGCUCAGAGACAUGAGCACAGGAAGAAUGACCAUGACACCAGAAAUACAAACGCUAAAAUAUGGGCUGAAGACUUUGUUUUGGAGGAUCAAGCGUCCAGGAUAUACACACGCACUAUAUUUUUUGACCAGCAGUUGGAGAUACAAAACGGUAUACACAGAUGUGCUAUCGGAAAGUGGGAAAACAUGGGUGACUUCGUUAACUUUUUUGUGAAGGACUGGGAACAACCAUGCACUACUUUCUUCGAGGUUAUGAUGCGGGAGGACGACAUGACUGUGUAUUGUACAUGCAAAAGAUUUGAACAGUUUGGGUUGUUGUGCUCACACAUCUUUUGUGUGCUAAGGAUGCUUGACAUUAGGGAAUUUCCACAACGCUAUAUAUUACGACGUUGGACUCGGGAGGCUGUUCCAAAUAGUGCCCCUGGUGCUAUUCUAGGUAUCAAUGAGACUGAGGAUCGUUAUAAUGAAGUUAACCGUGUUGUACGUGAGAUCACAUAUUCUACAGAGUCGGUUAUUAAUCAGCUUGUCACCAACUUUGAUGCGCUAUGCUCGUUCAGGGACCAUGUUGUUAAUUAUUUCAAAACUGCGGAUGAGUCUGUCGUCAAUGCUCCACCUAAGAGCCGUCGUGAAAGGUUUGCAGAAAUUACUGGUAACACAAAACCAUCAGAAGCAACCGUUCGUGUUCCCAUUGGAACAAGAUUCAAAGGUAUGGGUAAGCCUAAACGGAUGAAGUCCAAACGUGAAAUUGCAUUAAGUCAGUUGGGUAAAAAGAGCCGUCAAUGUCAAAACUGUUUUAGAUACGGUCAUAACAGACGUACUUGCAAAAACCCUACCCGGACUAAAGAACAAGCUAUGGCCGAGGAUAACGGUGAAGAAGCUGAUGAAGUUGACGAGGAGGAAGAUGAAUGGGAGGAAGUUGAAGAAGAUAUGGAUGAACAAGAUGAGGAUGCAUUAGACGAGGAGGAUGGGGAAGAGGGGUAG